AUGGUAUGGUACCAGGUGGAGCGCACGGAGGGCCCCUGCGGACACUCUGGAGGGAGAAACAGACCCCGACCCCGUUCACCCCGUUCCUCACGAAACUUUCAACAGAGAACACUUCCUACAAACGGAUCUGAUGCUAUCCUUUUCGCCAUCUUUUCCAACAGUUUAUUCAUCUACCACAUUCACAACGUGUCCUUCAGCCGACCCGUGAGCGUGCCSUUCUCCUGUGCCUACCCUCUGGAAUCAGAGACCAGCCUGGAUGUGGCCAUCAAACCCUACCUGUCGCUGAAGGAUGUCCAAGUCGGUAAGGGCUCCAAAGUGGGCUCCAACAUGACUCUGUACCACAGCGACAACUUCACAAAGGCUUACCCAGUGGGCGGAGUCACCUUGCCGGUGGGUUCCGUGCUGCACGUGGGUGUGUCCGUAGAGGAGUCUGAGACGGAGCGUUUCGUGGUCGUUCUGGAGGACUGCUAUGCCACGCAAUCCCCCGACCCUGAGGACAUCAUGCGAUACUACAUCAUUCAGAACAAAUGUCCGACUGAAUUCCGUCAGGUGAGGGUGGAGGAGAGCGGCUCGUCUCUCAGGGCUCGCUUCUCUGCUCUGCUGUUCCUGUACCAGGGGGACUACCGGGAUGUCUUCCUGCACUGCAGACUCAUCCUUUGUGACCAGAGGAGCUCCUCCUGCACUCCAGUGAGUCCUGCAUCUUUCCCGCUGACUCAUCCACUCUUGUCUGGUCUCUUCGACUCCUUUUCGUCUCAGUGUCUGGUCUCUGACUCCUUCUCGUCUCUCUUCUCAGUGUCUGGUCUCUCUGACUCCUUCUCGUCUCAGUGUCUCCUCUGA